AUGCUAGGGGUCCAGCUGAGCUCGAGCUCAUCCGUUGUUGUCCAACGUGGUGCCGCCGCUGCUGGCAGCAGCUCGGUACAGACCCCAUCGUGGCUGGUUAAUACCCUGGGAUGGGCAGCUCUCGUCUGGUACCUGACGGUUGUGGCCGUCUGCGCUCUGGGGUAUUUUCAAAUAACACCGUCGAGGUCCGUCUCGUCGACGUCCCCUGAUGCGCCCCAUGUCACGGUCAUUCGACCCGUCAAGGGCCUCGAGCCUUAUCUCUACGAAUGUUUGGCAUCGACAUUGCGGCAAGACUAUCCCCGGGACAAGUUAACGACCUACAUAUGUGUUUCGACACGCAAGGACCCCUCUUUCCCGACGCUAGAGAAGUUGCUUGCCGACUUUCCGGAUUCUGAUGUGCGAAUCUUCGUCGAAGAGGAGGACCCGUUGCUUCAGGACAAUGGCGGCUAUUCGUGCUUGCUGGGCCCCAACCCCAAGAUCAGGAACAUGAGCCGGGCAUACAGGGAAGCUAAGGGAGACAUCGUAUGGAUCAUCGACUGCAAUGUCUGGGUCGGUAGGGGCGUCUGCGGGCGGAUGGUGGAUAGGUUAUGCGGCGUCGGCCAGAGCGAUGGGAAGAAGUACAAAUUCGUCCAUCACCUGCCCAUCGCGGUGAAUGUAGAUGAGGAUGGACUAGGGGAGGAAGGUCGAUCACUACUCAAUGGCGACGCGACCCGAACGCCGUCGAUUGUCGGAACGAAGGAGGGCAGUCUCACCUCUUUGCUACGGGACGGUGGUGGCCGUCUGGAGGAAUUGUUCCUCUCCUCAUCACACGCCAAAAUGUACACGGCGAUUAAUACCGUUCUCCUGGCGCCAUGUAUUGUGGGCAAGUCGAAUAUGUUCCGCCGCUCUCAACUGAACUACCUCACUCGUCCUUCGCCAGACAAUCCCCGCGCGCGACAUCCUGGCAUUGAUUACUUCUCCGACAACAUCUGCGAGGACCACCUGAUUGGGGACCUCCUCUGGAAGAAACAAAUCCGCGAGGAAAAGGAACUCGGAGAACGCUGGGGGAAACAUGCGAUGGUCUUUGGAGACCUUGCUAUUCAGCCUGUGGCCAACAUGAGCGUCAAAGCCUAUAUCGCACGGCGUGUCCGCUGGCUGCGCGUACGGAAGUUCACAGUCCUUCUGGCGACCCUUGUGGAACCGGGAACGGAGUCACUGGUCUGCUCUUUAUACGGCGCAUUCGGUGUCACCACGGCGCUGGCUGGGCUGCUUCAGAACCAUGGGAGCGUAUGGGGGUCGUAUCUGAGCACCUGGAACGCUUUCUUCACGUUUUGGACUCUGAGCAUCGUGAUCUGGGCCGCCUUCGACUGGACGCAGUAUCUGAAACUCCAUUCCGCUGCGACAGUCGAAAUCGACGAGCACACGGCACCAUUCGCGCGGCCGAUACCGAAAGACCGGACCGCGAGACGCCCAUUCCUCCACUGGCUCGCCACCUGGAUCGGACGCGAGGUCCUGGCCUUCCCGAUCUGGGCGUGGGCCGUUUACGGCGGCACGACGGUAGUCUGGCGAGAUCGGUCCUUCAAAGUCUCCUUUGACGCCAAAGCCCGCGAAGUGGACGUUUCCGCGCCGGUGAGACUUCGUCGGGGCGUGGUCGCGGAUUCAUCGUACUCGAGUGGUGUCGUUCCUGGUAGCAGUGGUAGUACUGCUACUACUACAAGAAAGGACGACCGGAAUAAAAUCCGGCAAGAUUGA